AUCGUUGAGUCUACUCGUGUUCAUAGUACGCCAAACUCCCCAAACUCUGCUCGUAGUUUGACCUCCUUCCAUCCACUUUUUCCGCCUAGAUUCCUCAGAGCAGUGACGAUGAAAAGUGAUCAACCACGUUUGCAAUUGCGCGUACUGAACGAACAAAACUUGAUUAUCGAUUCACUGCUAGUGGGUGACCUCAUCCGAUUGGAAGUUGUUUCCGUGGAUUAUAAAUUUUCCUGUCGCCUGAUAUCAUGCAUCACGGUGAGUCAGUUGCUCCUCGGCUGUAUGGUACUGCUCUUCCUGGACCUGAUCGUAUUCUUCCUACUUGUCUGGUCUUAUCGACAUAAACUGAUUUGGAGGUUGAGGCCAACUCCAAAAUCGGAACUACAACCUAGUGGAGACAGCCGAAUAAUUCCUGAAAUGUCGAUGAGCAGUACACCUCAAAACGACCUCUUUGACUCUUGUCUCAUUGGACAACCGUUGAUUGGGGUUAGUGGCCACAGAAGUACAGAAGGUACGGACAUGGAGAGUGUUCGGAGCCACUUGAAUGUUUGUGAAUUCUAUCCAAAUUCUCCUGCUCUCACCCCCCAGUCACUGGUUGUGGGACGUGCAGUCAUAAGCCUAUGAGACAUCAUUUUUCUUUCAAGGAAGAAAACGGUAGAUUCCUUCAACUUCCACUAGACUGAACGUUAUCUGAAUGAAUAUCCC